AUGACCCUUCCACCUCCUUUCUGCGCAGCUCGUUGGACACAGUCUGGUUGGAACACUUCCCCAGCCCUCCUCAUGACUCUGGAGCGGCCGUCAUUGGAAUCGCUGUGCAAUGGACAAUAUGAACUGUUCCCAUAUCCAGAGAUAAUUAAUCUGAAUGCAGUAAUGGCAGCUAACGAUGUGACCCUGAUCUGUGACGUGACCCACUUUUCUCACAGAUACAGCCCAGGACUGGAAUUUGCUUUCUACAAAGAUGGAUGGAUUGUGCAGGGCUUCAGUGCAUCACCUGAAUACGGAUUUCCAGUGUGUCAUGAGUGUUAUUAUACCUGUGCGGUGAGAACCUUCAGCAGCUAUACUUGGAGGAGUAAUGACAUAUGUAUACAGAGGGAAGCCACGUUUAGUAUUCCAACAAUAAGAAGUAGUCCAUCAUCAGUGACAGAGGGAGAUGCGAUGACUCUGAUCUGUGACACAACACGUAACCCGGCCAGAUAUACUACAGGACUGCAGUUUUCUUUCUAUAGAUAUCAGCAGAUAGUGCAGGACUUCAGUACAUCCGCUACAUACAGAGUUACAUCAGCUGUGGAGGAGGAUUCUGGGAGAUAUAGCUGUGCUGUCACAUCUCCCACCGGCAGACUGACACAGUUUAGCAGUGUGUUAUAUAUUCAUAUAGCCACGUUUAGUGAUCCAACAAUAAGAACUGGUCCAUCAUCAGUGACAGAGGGCGAUGAGAUGACUCUGACCUGUGACACAGCACGUAACCCGGUCACAGCUACUACAGGACUGCUGAUUGCUUUCUACAGAGGUGAGAAGGAAGUGCAGGAAUUCAGUACAUCAGCUACAUACAGAGUUACGUCAGCUAAGGAGGAGGAUUCUGGGAGAUAUCACUGUGAUGUGACUUCCCCCACCGGCGGACUGACAAAGGAGAGCAACGUGUUAUCUAUUCAUAUUGCCACGUUUAGUGCUCCACGUAUAAGAACUGGUCCAUCAUCAGUGACAGAGGGCGAUGAGAUGACUCUGACCUGUGACACAACACGUUCCCCGGUCACAGCUACUACAGGACUACACUUUGCUUUCUACAGAGAUGAGCAGAAUGUGCAGGAAUUCAGUACAUCAGCUACAUACAGAGUUACGUCUGCUAAGGAUGAGGAUUCUGGGACAUAUCGCUGCGCUGUGAGGUCUCCCACCAGCAGACUGACCAAGAGGAGCAACGUGUUAUCUAUUCAUAUAGCCACGUUUAGUGCUCCGACCAUAAGAGCUAGUCCAUCACCAGUGACAGAGGGCGAUGAGAUGACUCUGACCUGUGACACAACACGUUCCCCGGUCACAGCUACUACAGGACUACACUUUGCUUUCUACAGAGAUGAGAAGAAUGUGCAGGAAUUCAGUACAUCAGCUACAUACAGAGUUACGUCAGCCAAGCAGGAGGAUUCUGGGAGAUAUCACUGUGAUGUCACAUCACCCACCAGCAAAGUGACAAAGAUGAGCAACGUGUUAUCUAUUGAUAUCGCCACGUUUAGCGCUCCAACAAUAAGAAGUGGUCCAUCAUCAGUGACAGAGGGCGAUGAGAUGACUCUGACCUGUGACACAACACGUUCCCCGGUCACAGCUACUACAGGACUACACUUUGCUUUCUACAGAGAUGAGAAGGAAGUGCAGGACUUCAAUACAUCAGUUACAUACAGAGUUACGUCAGCUAAGCAGGAGGAUUCUGGGAGAUAUCGCUGUGAUGUCACAUCUCCCACCAGCAGACUGACAAAGAGGAGCAACGUGUUAUCUAUUCAUAUAGCCACAUUUAGUGCUCCAACAAUAAGAAGUGGUCCAUCAUCAGUGACAGAGGGCGAUGAGAUGACUCUGACCUGUGACACAGCACGUUCCCCGGUCACAGCUACUACAGGACUACACUUUGCUUUCUACAGAGGUGAGAAAGAAGUGCAGAAAUACAGUACAUCAGCUACAUACACAGUUAUGUCAGCCAAGGAGGAGGAUUCUGGGACAUAUCGCUGUGAUGUCACAUUUCCCAGAGGCAGACUGACAAAGAGGAGCAACGUGUUAUCUAUUGAUAUCGCCACGUUUAGCGCUCCAACAAUAAGAAGUGGUCCAUCAUCAGUGACAGAGGGCGAUGAGAUGACUCUGACCUGUGACACAACACGUUCCCCGGUCACAGCUACUACAGGACUACACUUUGCUUUCUACAGAGAUGAGAAGGAAGUGCAGGACUUCAAUACAUCAGUUACAUACAGAGUUACGUCAGCUAAGCAGGAGGAUUCUGGGAGAUAUCGCUGUGAUGUCACAUCUCCCACCAGCAGACUGACAAAGAGGAGCAACGUGUUAUCUAUUCAUAUAGCCACAUUUAGUGCUCCAACAAUAAGAAGUGGUCCAUCAUCAGUGACAGAGGGCGAUGAGAUGACUCUGACCUGUGACACAGCACGUUCCCCGGUCACAGCUACUACAGGACUACACUUUGCUUUCUACAGAGGUGAGAAAGAAGUGCAGAAAUACAGUACAUCAGCUACAUACACAGUUAUGUCAGCCAAGGAGGAGGAUUCUGGGACAUAUCGCUGUGAUGUCACAUUUCCCAGAGGCAGACUGACAAAGAGGAGCAACGUGUUAUCUAUUGAUAUCGCCACGUUUAGUGAUCCAAAAAUAAGAAGUGGUUCAUCCUCGGUGACAGAGGGCGAUGAGAUGACUCUGACCUGUUACACAGCACGUUCCUCGGUCACAGCUACUACAGAACUACAGUUUGCUUUCUACAGAGAUGAGCAGAUAGUGCAGGACUUCAAUACAUCAGUUACAUACAGAGUUACGUCAGCUAAGCAGGAGGAUUCUGGGAGAUAUCGUUGUGAUGUGAGAUCUCCCACCGGCAGACUGACAAAGAGGAGCAACGUGUUAUCUAUUCAUAUAGUUAUUAUUAGUAUUCCACAUAUAAGAAGUAGUCCAUCAUCAGUGACAGAGGGCGAUGAGAUGACUCUGACCUGUGACACAACACGUUCUCCGGUCACAGCUACUACAGGACUACAGUUUGCUUUCUACAGAGAUGAGAAGGAAGUGCAGGACUUCAAUACAUCAGUUACAUACAGAGUUACGUCAGCUAAGCAGGAGGAUUCUGGGAGAUAUCACUGUGAUGUCACAUCUCCCACCCGCAGACUGACAAAGAGGAGCAACGUGUUAUCUAUUCAUAUAGAGCUGCCGUUCUAUGCAGAAGAGAAAGAUGUGAUACCUAGUAUGGAAAAGGAUUACACCGUACAGAAUAUAAUAAGACUGGUGCUGUCCGGGUGUAUAUUCGUUACUGCCACCUGUUUCAUCUUCUACCACAUGUAA